AUGGCACAAUGCACAUUCGCACUCUUGAGAAGAAUAAUUAUCGAUGCCUCUGUGAAAUGGCAUGGUCCCCAAAUACCGUUUGCUAGCAGUAAUGCGGGCGACAAAGUCAUCAAAGCGGAAGAGAAGCCGGAGCUGGGUCUGUCUGACGGUCUGUGGCAUGAAGCCGGGGCCAAGGAUGGAUCUGGGCUCUCUGCCGAUGGGGGAGACGAAGAGGUGAUCAGUAAACAAGAAAGACUGGCAGUUCGAUUAGUCAGACCAGACGAUUGGGGGCGCACAACCGGGUACGCCAUUGUUGUCAAUGGGACGCCGUGGGAAGAAUACUCAGAGGCGGGAUCUCGAUUCGGCACCACUACCCCGUCGGUGGGCUGGGAAAGUGUAAGCGUUCCCGUGAGUUUGCUGACUAUUCUUAGCGAGAAGGCUUUCGAGAAGCUAGUGGUCUGA